AUGCCACAACCGCGGGCCGUCUCCCCGCUCACCUUUGAGACAUGCGCAACUCUCCCCUCAGAUUCCAGUGAUGACGACCUUUUAGCAUCCGACGAUGAUCUCGACGAACCUGCUCGUGCGGCAAAGCGGCAAAAAAUCGAAAGAAUUGCGGAAUCGUGCCAAAGGGGAGCUCCAGUCUUUAUUCUCUCCGCUUCCCUACGAGGUCCGUUCGAACACAACUGGAAGAACCCGUGGAAGAAAGAUAGGACUCGUGGAGCAAAGGCCACAAUAGCAGGGAGAACCAAGGCUGGCGGUGAUCAGGAGAAUGCACCUGUGAUACAAGAAACGGACCCGCAAGAUGCAAAGCAUCGAAAAGACUUGUCCAUUGCUUCACGCAAAACAACCGAUGUGCCUUCACCGUUCCACCGUUCAAGCGUGUCAGCAUUGCAAAAAGGACCAGGCCGGUCUUCUUCAGUCAAAGCGAAGCUUAGCGAUAAGCCUCGGCUUCCACCGAAAUCUACAGGUGGGCAAAGUGCAGUGUCUCGGAGAGAAGCUUCUGUUUCCGUGGAGGACCAAACGUCCAAUGCACCAGGGACAGCAGACUGGUUGAGAAAGGGUGGGAAGAGAUUGAACUUUGGCAAAUUUGAGCCACCGAGCUCACCAACACCGAAAGCCGAACUACGCAGAGAAAGGUAUAAAUCUCAUUCGGUAUCUCAUGCAAUUGGAAAGCAGGAUACACGGUCACCCACCAGGACUCGAUCGCCAACGACACCUAAAGUAUCAGAAAAGCCACCCGUGGAAUGUGCCCCGCCGACGUCACUCUCGUCUGCUUUAUCGAAAUCGCAAACCAAGUGUUCGGGCUCGGUAGCUGCGAGGGAAGAUGUGCAGAAGAACUCACCCAUCACGAAGAAUCAUGCCGCGCUAUCAGUUCGUGUUGCGUCUUCUACAUCCCAGCUACCACGCUUCCAAUAUCAGCGAUGGAAUGCACAAGACUCUAGUCCAAGUGACAUGUCAAAUCUGCCCGUCCCACAUCCUGCCGAUAGGGCCCCAUCACUGCCCACAGCCGAAGACCCAGAUGAUGACAUGGCUCCAUCAAAAAUGCUUCUUCCGCAGGAGAAUGCCAUGAGAACAGCUCCUGUACGAACAGAUCAACUAAUCGGGUCUUCAAAUGAUGUUCAAGUUGCCAACCUAGGGGCCGAGUCAACUGAUACGGGUACCUUUGGCCAGACUUCUAUAGAACAGAACACUUGCGAGCAGCUUCCAUCUGCCCAGCAGGCACCAGUUGCCCCGGGGGUUUCGGAUCGUGUGACAUCGUUGCACUCAACAGCCGUGCCCAAAGAAGGCAACACUGCCUCAGGUGGAAGCUAUGAUACGCAGCUAUCAACACAAGCAGCCCUUCGUCACGUUCAACAGUCUUUCCAAGCCGACCUCGAAAGCUCAGAGCCUGAUUACGAUAUGCACUCCGAGAACGACGACGGGAAUGCUGAUGAAUCACUCCUAGCGCAUGAGACGCCAUUUCUCAACCCUGCCGCUUCCGAUCGAAUCAUGACUUCGAAUUUCUCUCGCUGGGAUAAAGAGAAGGCGCAGGCGAUGAGUACACAGUGUAUGAUUGAUGCCGCCACGCCAUUUACAUUUAGCACGGGAGAGAAGCCCAAUCAAUUUCGUGACCUGUCGCCAGACGCUACCGGAAUUAGUCCGGGAGUCCCUGGGAUGGGCGCAGCUUUCUCUUCAGCGAGAUCCUCUCCAUCCGCCGUGGACGACUACCACACCGCACCGACAACUGACGGCCAAUACCCUCCCACUGGCCAACAGCAACCAGAGCUUGCGCUGGGUCAACAAUCAACUACACAAAACUCCGCCCUGCCGUUUGCUUUAACCGGGUCAACCCCCACUACUGCACAAGACGGACAGGGCGGGUUUCAAAGGGGCGAGAGUUUCAACCUUAGUCAGGCAAUUGCUGACGCCGGUAGCUGGCUGCAGCAGAGCUUUGAUUUUAUGAACGACGCCAACCAUCCCCGCCCGAGUACAAAGACAACAUCAUCUACAGCGGAAAACCCCUCUGCUAUGGAUUUGGAUAUAUCCUAA